GUGUGUCCGUGUGUCCGUGCCCGCGGGUCCCGCUCCGCGGACCGGGCAACGCCUCCCAGCGCGGGGCGGGGAGGCGGCGGCGCAGCCUGGGCAGCGGGACAGACACACGCCCGGACACAGACACACGGCCAGAGAGGCACAGGCACGGCGGGACCCGCUCUCCUCUCCUCACCGCCCCGUCCCGUCCCGUCCCGUCCCGUCCCCCGGCAGCUCCGCGGCGCCGCCCCCGCCUCCUCCUCCCGCCGCCGCCGCGGCCGCACAAAAGGCGGCGGGGAGGGCCCGGCCGGGCAGGGCAGCCCGGCCGCCGCACCAUGCCCCGCCGAGGGGGGCUGCCGGCCCCCGCCGCCCGCCGGCCGCCCCCGCUCCUCCUCCUGCGCCUCCUCCUGCUCCUGCUGGCCGCGCCGCUGCAGCCCGGCAGAGGUCUCAAUCUGUGCACCAGUGGAAGUGCCACGUCCUGUGAAGAGUGUCUCCUCAUCCAUCCCAAGUGUGCCUGGUGCUCCAAGGAGGAUUUUGGCAGCUCCAGGUCCAUCACGUCGCGGUGUGACUUCCUGCAGAACCUGCUGGCGGGCGGCUGCGCCGGGGCCAUCGAGAGCCCCAGCAGCAGCAGCACCGUGCUGCAGAGCGUCCCUCUGAGCACCAAGGGCUCCGGCCAGACCCACCAGGACGUCACGCAGCUCACACCCCAGAAGGUCGCCUUGAAUCUCCGUCCUGGUGAGCAGACCUCGUUCCGAGUGCAGGUGAGGCAGGUGGAGGAUUAUCCUGUGGACCUGUACUACCUGAUGGACCUGUCCCUGUCCAUGAACGACGACCUGGACAACAUCCGCAACCUGGGCACCAAGCUGGCUGAGGAGAUGAGGAAGCUCACCAGCAAUUUCCGCCUGGGCUUUGGCUCUUUCGUGGACAAGAACAUUUCUCCUUUCUCCUACACAGCACCGAGAUACCAAAACAACCCCUGCAUUGGUUAUAAGCUGUUCCCCAGCUGUGUCCCAUCCUUUGGCUUCCGCCACCUCCUGUCCCUGACGGAUAAAGUCGAUCGUUUCAACGAGGAAGUCCAGAAACAGAAAGUUUCCCGUAACCGAGAUGCUCCAGAGGGCGGCUUCGAUGCCAUUUUGCAGGCUGCUGUGUGCAAGGAGAAGAUCGGCUGGAGGAAGGAGGCGUCUCACCUGCUGGUGUUCACCACGGACGACGUGCCCCACAUAGCCCUGGAUGGGAAGCUGGGGGGGCUGGUGCAGCCCCACGAUGGCCAGUGCCACCUGAACGAUGCCAACGAGUACAGCGCGUCCAGCCAGCUGGAUUAUCCUUCCCUGGCACUUCUUGGGGAGAAACUUGCUGAAAACAACAUCCACCUGAUUUUUGCUGUUACAAAAAGUCAUUACAUGCUGUACAAGAACUUUACUACUUUGAUCCCUGGAACAACAGUGGAAAUUUUGCACAAAGAUUCCAAGAAUAUCAUUGAGCUGAUCGUCAAAGCCUACAACAGUAUUCGGUCCAAGGUGGAGCUCACAGUUUGGGACAGCCCUGAGGACAUUGGCCUGACCUUCACUGCCACGUGCCAGGAUGGGCUGUCCUAUCCUGGGCUCAGGAAGUGUGGGGAUCUCAAAAUUGGAGACACGGUGUCCUUCGAGGUGGCGGUGGAGGCGCGCGGCUGCCCGGCCGAGGACAGGCCGCACACCUUCACCAUCAGGCCGGCCGGCUUCCGCGACACGCUGCAGGUGGCCGUGGCCUACAGCUGCCGCUGCGGCUGCAGCGCCCGGGCCGCGCCGGCCAGCGCCAAGUGCAGCGGCAACGGCACCUACAGCUGCGGGCUGUGCCAGUGCCUGCCCGGCUCCCUGGGCGCGCGCUGCGAGUGCCAGGAGGGCGCCGGCGCCGACUCGCACCACGCGCUGUGCCGCGAGGCCGAGGGCAAGCCGCUGUGCAGCGGCCGCGGCGAGUGCAGCUGCAACCAGUGCCUGUGCUACGAGAGCGAGUUCGGCAACAUCUACGGGCCCUUCUGCGAGUGCGACGACUUCUCCUGCGCCAGGUACAAGGGAGUCCUCUGCUCAGGUCACGGGGAGUGUCACUGCGGGGAGUGCAAGUGCCACGCCGGCUACAUCGGGGACAACUGCAACUGCUCCACGGAGACGGAGGGCUGCGUGUCCAGCGACGGGCAGAUGUGCAGCGGCCGCGGCGCCUGCGUCUGCGGCAAGUGCCAGUGCACCGAGCCAGGGGCGUUCGGAGAGACCUGUGACAAGUGUCCCACCUGCCCAGGAGUCUGCAGCAUUAAAAGGGAUUGUAUUGAAUGCAAGCUGUUUAACUCAGGAAGACUGGCUGAUAACCAAACCUGCCAAAAGCACUGCAAGGAUGAGAUCAUCACCACUGUGGAUGUUCUUGAUGAAACCGAUGACCCCAACGCGAUCCUCUGCGCCUACCCAGUGAACAACUGCGUCAUGAAGUUCACCUACCUGGAGCUUCCCAGUGGGAAAUCCAACCUCACUGUCCUCAAGGAGCCAGCCUGCAGCUCAGCCCCCAGUGCUGUGACCAUCGUGCUGGCAGUGAUUGGCAGCGUGGUGCUGAUUGGCAUCAUCCUGCUGGCUCUCUGGAAGCUGCUCGUCACCAUCCACGACAGGCGCGAGUUCGACCGAUUCCAGAGCGAACGUUCCCGUGCCAGAUAUGAAAUGGCAUCCAACCCUCUCUACCGAAAGCCUAUUUCCACGCAUAACGUGGAGUUCACGUUCAACAAGCUCAACAAGUCUUACAACGGUACAGUUGACUGAAGGGGUCUCAGUGCCUGCACUGCCAUGGACAAUUGCUUGAAUGGCCAGGCUGCUUCCCCACUUGAAGACGGGAUUCUCUUCAGGGGCGAGAAUCCCUUACGACGGGACUGGUCGAUGACCAAAGCCUGUUAUUUGCACAGUAAGGAGAAAGGUCUGGUUCAUCCUGGAGGCACAGACAUGAGGGCAGGGUCCCUGCCUGUGUUGGUGGACUCUGAGCCGUGUGCAUCUCCGUACCCCAGCUUUCCAGAUGUAUUAAACCUGCCAACUAAGUGAACCAAGUGCCAUAUUGCAGCUUUAGACAUAUCCUGUUAGAAAAGGUGACUAGGUCAAAAAUCAGGGGAACCCACUCUACCACAAGUUGUUAGGGGGGAAUUAGCUUGAAAACAGGGUCUUGGAACCAUAUGUGUAAAAAAUUAGGAUAAAAAAGCUCUGCAGUCUUUAGGAAUUUUUUUUUUAUAUAAACCCCAAAAUAAAACAGUUGUGCAUAUA